AUAAGGAUGCUGUUCAUUUGUGUCUUUUGUAUAGGGUAUGUCUCUGAACUUGGAACCAGACAAUGUCGGUGUUGUCGUGUUUGGGAAUGAUAAACUGAUUAAGGAAGGAGAUAUUGUGAAGAGGACGGGCGCCAUUGUGGAUGUUCCAGUGGGUGAGGAGCUCUUGGGCCGUGUAGUGGAUGCUCUUGGUAAUGCCAUUGAUGGAAAGGGUCCAAUUGGUUCUAAGACCCGUAGGCGAGUGGGCCUAAAAGCCCCUGGAAUCAUUCCUCGAAUUUCUGUGCGGGAGCCAAUGCAGACUGGCAUUAAGGCGGUGGAUAGCUUAGUGCCUAUUGGGCGUGGUCAGCGUGAGCUGAUUAUUGGUGACAGACAGACUGGGAAAACAUCGAUUGCUAUUGACACAAUCAUUAACCAGAAACGUUUCAAUGAUGGAUCUGAUGAAAAGAAGAAACUGUACUGUAUAUAUGUUGCUAUUGGUCAGAAGAGAUCUACUGUUGCCCAGUUGGUGAAGAGACUUACAGAUGCAGAUGCCAUGAAGUACACCAUUGUGGUGUCAGCUACUGCUUCUGAUGCUGCCCCACUUCAGUACCUGGCUCCUUAUUCUGGCUGUUCAAUGGGAGAGUAUUUUAGAGAUAAUGGAAAACAUGCUUUGAUCAUCUAUGAUGACUUAUCCAAACAGGCUGUUGCUUACCGCCAGAUGUCACUGUUGCUCCGCCGACCCCCAGGUCGAGAGGCCUAUCCUGGUGAUGUGUUCUACCUGCACUCCCGGCUGCUGGAGAGAGCAGCCAAAAUGAAUGAUUCUUUUGGUGGUGGCUCCUUGACUGCUUUACCAGUUAUAGAGACACAAGCUGGUGAUGUGUCUGCUUACAUUCCAACGAAUGUCAUUUCCAUCACUGAUGGGCAGAUCUUCUUGGAAACAGAAUUGUUCUACAAAGGUAUUCGCCCUGCCAUUAAUGUUGGUUUAUCUGUGUCCCGUGUUGGAUCUGCUGCCCAAACCAGGGCUAUGAAGCAGGUGGCAGGUACCAUGAAGCUGGAGUUGGCUCAGUAUCGUGAGGUUGCUGCUUUUGCCCAGUUUGGUUCUGAUCUUGAUGCUGCCACUCAGCAACUUUUGAGUCGUGGUGUGCGUUUGACUGAGUUGCUAAAACAAGGACAGUAUUCUCCCAUGGCUAUUGAGGAACAAGUGGCUGUUAUCUAUGCCGGUGUAAGGGGCUAUCUUGAUAAGCUGGAGCCUAGCAAGAUCACAAAAUUUGAGCAGGCUUUCUUAUCCCAUGUUGUCAGCCAACACCAGGCUCUGUUGGGCAACAUCAGGGCUGAUGGGAAGAUCUCAGAACAGUCAGAUGCAAAACUGAAAGAGAUUGUCACAAACUUCCUAGCUGGAUUUGAAGCAUAGACUCAUGGAUUCACAUCAGAUACUGGUUUGGUUUUGUCCUUUGUUUCUCCUAAAUAUCGGUUCCAUUUGCAAAAGGUAUCUUCUCAUGUUCCUGAUGUACAGAGAUCACGUUAAAAUAAAAGUUCCAUGUUAUGUGGGA